UAUUAUAAAAACAUACCACAGCUAAAACCAGUCCCAGUCGACCACUGUACGUUGCGCGUGCGUCAUGUGUAAAUUACAAAUACUGUUGUUCUGUUAUUUAAUCGUGUUUGCUACUGCAAAACUCUGCAAGGUUCCAAACAGCGAUGCAGGCGAAUGCAAGGCGAUAUCAAAAUGUCCAAUUCUGAACGAACUGGACAACAAACCAUACAAAAGCGAAGCAGAGGAACUAUUCUUGCAACAGUCCUUGUGCGGGAAUUCAUUUACUUAUAUUAUUAAGGUGUGCUGUCCAUUAGAUACAACGUCGUUCCGGAUCAAGCCCGUCAUAUAUACAGUAACAAAAGAAACUGCACCAAAACCAGAACCGAAACCAGAACCAAAACCAGAACCGAAACCAAUACCGAAACCAAAUGUACUUUCUAGACCAGAGCCGAAUCCAACAUUUGGUAUCGAUGAUAAGAUAAACAACCCCAACGAUAAAAAAACCAAUGAGAAUAUUUACGUAGCUCCAGAUGGCACUUGCGGAAUUGACUCCAGUACCGGCAAUAGAAUUUUUGGGGGGGAAGCAACUAACCUCGAUCAGUAUCCCUGGUUAGCUCUACUACAAUACGCGAGAGAAUUUCUUCUCUGCAGCGGCAGUUUAAUUUCUCCAAGAUUAAUUUUGACGGCGGCACAUUGCAUUAACGGGCCAAACAGAGCACCGCUUUUCGCACGUCUAGCAGAAUACAACGUUACUUCAAACCCAGACACCCAAGAAACUGAUGGUGGUGGUAUUGACUCUUCAACUGUAGUUAUAAUUCCAGUUGAGAAUACACUCUCGCAUCCAGACCACAAUCUUAGUAAAAGGCUGAAUGACAUAGGUUUUGUGAAGCUCAAGGAAGCCGCCGUAUUAUCAGAUUUUAUAAAAAUAAUCUGUCUACCUACAGUCGACCUUUUCCCACAGUUUAAUAAAAACACAAAUUUUACUGUGGCUGGGUGGGGAAUUGACGAGUCUGGAGAAUCUAGUGACGUUAAGAAACAUGUGAGGCUUCCGUUUGUAAGAGAGGACUACUGCAAGGAACGUUAUUCGGACCUACCACUUUUAAAUGUUAUAUGUGCGGGUGGUGAAGCUGGGAAAGACACUUGUAAUGGCGACUCGGGUGGUCCGUUGAUGUACGAAGAUAGUUCGUCAUUUUCUAUCAUUGGCAUACUGAGUUUCGGAUACCGUGAAUGUGGAAUUGCUGGCUGGCCUAGUGUUUACACUAAUGUAUUUCAAUAUAUGAAGUGGAUUAAGGAUGUUACUGAGGGUAGGAUUAAAAUCUAAUUUUUCAUUGGAUAAUAUGAUUUUGAGUUCAAAAUGUAUGGUAAAGGUUGCUCCACCGUUAACUUUGACAGCAAAAACUUCUUUGGAAGAAAAUAUUGCACAGUUACAAAGUUACCAUAAGUCUGAAAUUAUAUUUUUUUUACACUUAAGUACUUGAUUUUGUAGAAAAUAUUUAUAAUCCUAACUUUAAGAUAUCUGAACACACAGAUUUAGGUAAUUAAUUUGACAUAAAAAAAUAAUUUCUAACGCUUUUACUAAAGCGUCAAAAUGUCAUCAAUACUCAAAGAUCGAAUCUCAAUUAGUAUUAAGCUGUUUAGUAAAUGUUACACAUAAUAUAUGGUGUUCCCGAAAA